CUGUGUCACCAGGCAUGUACAGGAGUUUGUAUAAGAGAGACUACCGGUGGUGCAAGGAGUACAAGUCACCUAACAAGGAGGAUAUGCAGAAGUUGCAGACUGCAGACUCCCAGCUAAAAGCCAAAGAGUUUGCUGCACCCCAGGAGGAGCGGACAAUGACCUACAGCGACAGCCUUGUCUGGCAGGGGAGAGAAGUCGUCCCAGCACCGAGCGUCAAAGCCAGCAGUCGUGCUGAUGAUGCAGGAGGGAGAAAGCCCGAAGGUAGUGCUUCCAGCCCUAAAGCCUUGCAGCAGAGAAAGCACUUUACUUCAGUCCUUCCCAUUGCAGAAAGCUACCUACCAAAGUACUACCCCGCCACCGAACUGGCAGCAACCCAGGGAGAGAAAUCGGAGAGGCUGCAGGCUCUUGCUGAGCAGGAGAACGAGCUGUCUUAUUGCCAGCGUCUUCCAGCUGCUGCUCAGACUGCUGGAACAGCAGGGAUGUUGCUGCGCAGGCAGAAGCUGGCCCCGGACUGGGCAACCUACCAGCAGUUAACCCUGGAGAUGUACCGGGAAAGGCAGCACGAUGCUCAGCAAAACAGGAGCAUGGUCCUGGGCUCGUCUGUUUUGGUGGAAGAGUGCUUUGACCUUGGCUGGAGAAGUACCUACAACACAGAUUUCCGGCGGUGGCCGGGAGCCCGUGGUGGAUACUGCAGAGCAAAUAAAAGCCUUUCUCACAUUUUCACCGAAGAUGAGCACUUAAACCAGAACCGCUGGGUAUCCGAGUACAAGGACAGCUACAGCAUUUUCAUGUGGAGGCCGAACUGGUCGUCACAAAUCCCCACCGCGGGGCUGCGCUCUGGGCUGCCCUUUGGGAAGGGGAUUGCGAUGGGCACAGCCUAGUGAGUGGUGCUACAGGUACUGUGGAUAUGUUACCUACGCUGUUCUGUGAUUACAGCUCCUCGGCCCUCCAAGCUGUCUGUGUGAUAUUGUCCAUCACAAUAUGUGUUCCAUCACUCUGGAAGCCUGGAAAACUCCUCUCUUCCAAACCCAUGACUGUAUUUAUCAAAUAUCCAUAUUUAUCAAAUACCUGUGAAGUGUUUGGCAUGGACAUUUUUAAGCACAUAUCAUCAUUAAAAUCUCCCAAGAGCCUGAGCUUUUAUCAUUGGCAGAAGAAGGCUUUUUUCGGGACAGUGCAGGCUAAAAUCUCUCAGGCAGUUUCAAUUUAUAUAGUUUAAAGAAAACUUACCAAUAAACUUUGUC